AAAAUGGAUGGUUGUGACUGGAAUGAGGAGACGGAUGAAUGAAAACGGAGACAAAGGGAGUAAAAGAAUAAGAACUGAUAGUGGAGAGAGCUCUGAAAGUGAGGAAGAUAAACAAGUUCAGAGAGAAGGCGUUGUCAUAAUAAGGUUUAAUGAGAAGGAUCAAGGAAACAUGAAGAAAAUUAACCCGUUUGGGCUAACAACACUGGGAAAUAAGAUAGGGGAAAUAGUAUUUGCAAAAGUCCUUAAUGAUGGCAACCGUUUGGUAAGAUGUACGAAUGAGGAACAGCUUGAGAAAGCACUCAAAUUAAGAGAGAAUACAGAGGGAGGGUGGGACCACGAAAUGGUGGUGGAUGUAAAGGAGUGAUCACGGGGGUACCAAUGAGAAUAAAUAUGGAGGAGUUAAAGAGGAACAUCAAAGGAGGAAAAUAAUGAAUGUUCAAAGACUAAAAACAACAAAUGAGGGAAUGAAAAAGGAAAGUGAAACAGUAUUGAUUGAACUUGAAGAAGAAAGAGUGCCAGGAAAGGUGUUCCUGGGUUUUAUGGGUUACUCAGUGUAUGUGCCAAAGCCAAUGAGGUGCUAUAAUUGUCAAAGGUUUGGACACAUAGCUAGAAACUAAUAGGCAGAGGAGAUGUGCUAGAUGUGGGGGUGAUCAUGAAUACGGAAAGUGUGGAACAGGAGUGCAAUGAAAAUGCUGUAAUUGUGGAGGAGCUCAUAAUGUGGCAUAUGGUGGGUGUGAGGUUAUAAUAUGGGAGAAUAAAAUUCAAGAAAUAAGAGUGAAAAGAAAGAUCACAUGCAGAAGCUGUCAAGAGAACAGAAUAAUGCUCCUAAUGAACAGGGAGCAAGAGGGAUGCAAGAGAUGCAACAAAGCACAAAUGACAGGAAUUGUGUAGACAAAAAGGCUCUAGUAACAUUCAUUGCAGGAGUGAUUAAUAGUAUGGCUGAGGUAACAUCAAAAAAAUGAAAAAAUUCAGCUGGUUGUCAAAGCAGCAAUGAACCAUUUAGGGUUUGUAGGAUUGACAUGGGAAGAAGUGAAGGAGAACCUUACUAAUCAGUCAAACCAGGAAGUGUCAUGGGUUGGUUGAUACUAAUUAUGGUGAUUCUCUUGCAAUGGAAUGCAAGGAGCUUGCUGGUCAAUAGUCAGGAAUUCAAGCAGUUUAUUAAAGAAAUGUUUGUAAAACUGGAUGUAGUGUGUAUUCAGGAGACUUGGUCGAAGGAAAGAUAGAAAUCUAGGGGGAGGAGGGGGUUGUGCUAUAUUAAUCAAGCAAGGUAUACCAUAUAGGGUACUGGAAAAGGGAGAUAAUCAGGAAUACAUAGUGGUGGAAGUGGUCAUAAUUAACUACUAUAAUCCAUGUAAAAGGUUGGAUUUGGAUAGCCUAGUAAGGAUACAAGGACAAAACAGAGAUAAAGUAGCGUGGUAUGCAGAUUUCAAUUCUCACAGCACAAUAUGGUUUACAGAUUCAAGUGGAAAGGUAAUUGAAGAAUUGAUGGAAAAAUUGAUUUGGUGUGUAUGAAUGAUGGUAGAGGAACAAGAAUAAACAUAACAACAGGAACUGAGUCAGUAUUAGAUAUUACAUUAGUGUCUUAAUACCUUGGCAGGAGUUAGUAACUGGGGAGUUUGGACUGCUUCAACAGUAGGCAGUGAUCACUACCCAGUUUCAUGUUCAGUGGGUGGAAGAGUUGAAGUAAGACCAGGUGGUGGAAUCCCAAAAUGGGUGUUUGGAAAAGCAGAUUGGGGUAAGUUCCAGAAUUUGAGUGAAGGAAGCAUUGACAUUUGUGGAAAUAUAUAUGAACUAAACAGGUGACUUCAGCAAUUAUUAUGGCAGCAGAACGACCUAUACCCAGGAUUAAAAAUAGGAUGAAUAGAAAACUGGUACCAUGGUGGACAGAGGAAUGUUGUCAGGCUGUUAAAAAAAAACAGAAAUAGAGCAUUCAGCCUAGUUAAAAGAACCCAUAAUAUGCAGCAUUUGAUUCAAUAUAAGAAGGCACAGGCAGUGGUGAGAAGAACUAUAUGUCAAGCUAAAAGGGCAAGUUGGAGGAGUUUUUGCAACAAAAUAGGAAGAACAAUGCCUGUGAGAGAGGUAUGGGGAAAGAUUAAGAGGAUGGAAGGAGAUGGAAGGGAAUGGGAAUAUCCAGUAAUGAUAUCUGAGGAGGAAACAGCAGUCUCCAGUAGGGAUAAGGCUGAGAUCAUGGCCAAGUCGUUCGUAAAGAUACACAGUUCAGAAACUUUGGCUGAAGAAUGGCAAAGGAGAAGGGAAAGAACAAUGAGUCAAUACCCAGGUGUGUUAAACAGGAGGGAAGAAACUGAUGAACCAUAUACAUUGGCAGAAAUGAUGAGAGCAAUAAAGAGAUUGAGACCAACCUCCCCAGGGAAAGAUCUGAUAUGCUAUGUUAUGCUAAAAAAUCUUGGAGAAGGAACGCUCUUGCUGCAUCUUUACAACAGAGUGUGGGAGGAGGGAAGAUUACCAAGUGCAUGGAAAUAAGCAGUAGUAAUUCCAAUAAGGAAACUUUACUAGUGAAAUAUAAGAGACAGGUAUAUGGAGGAAUUUAAGGUGGAGGGUUAUAUGGGAGGCAGGGUUUAAGGGUUGGCACAACAUUAUGGGCUAAAGGGCCUGUACUGUGCUAUAUUGUUUUAUGUUCUAUGAAACCUGGCAAGGAUCCAUCAAAACCCACUAGCUACAGGCCAAUAGCAUUAACAUCAAAUAUAUUCAAGAUAAUGGAGAGGAUGAUAACAGAAAGGUUAUCGUAUGAUCUUGAGAAGAGGGGAAUACUGACAAGUUAUCAGAGUGGUUUUAGGAAGGGAAGGAAUUCCAUGGACUCAAUGAUGAGGUUAGAGACUGAAAUAAGAAAGGCCCAGGCAAAUAAAGAGUCGGUAGUUGCAAUGUUUUUUGACAUAGAAAAAACCUAUGACAUGAUGCGGAAGGAAGGAUUGUUAAUUAAACUGCACAAGAUGGGGGUUGGUGGGAGAGUUUUUAAUUGGAUAAAAGAGUUUUUGUUUGGUAGGAAAUUUCAAGUUCAGAUUGGGUCAGAAUUAUCAAAUCAGUACGUAGUGGGAAAUGGCAUACCUCAGGGUAGUGUGAUUAGCCUGUUACUUUUCAUCGUUAUGAUCAAUGAUGUCUUCAUAAAGUUACCACUGGAUAUAGGUAGGUCACUGUUUGCGGAUGAUGGGGCCUUGUGGAAAAGAGGUAGGAAUAUGGAGCAUAUAAUCAGGAAGCUACAAGGAGCAAUUGAUGAAGUGGAGGAGUGGGGUUAUGAUUGGGGAUGUAGAUUUUCAGUAGAAAAAACUCAAACUGUAUGUUUCACCAGGAAAAGAAUUGAGGUAGGGAAGAAGUUAAGGAUGUAUGGGAUAGAAUUAGAAAGGGUUGGAUCAUUUAAAUUUCUGGGAGUUAUGUUUGAUUCACGGUUAAUGUGGGCAGACCAUUAUCAGGAAAGUUGAGAUGAAAUGUAAAAAAGUAAUAAAUGUGAUGAGAUGGAUGUUUGACUGGUAGGGAAUGGGGAACAAGUUGUUCAGCGUUGAAGAGGAUGUACAUGGUUUUAGUCAGAUCUGUUUUGGACUAUGGAAGUGUAGCAUAUGGAUCAGCAGCUAGGUCUCUUAUAAGGAAUCUGGAUGUGAUUCAGGCUCAGGCUUUGAGGAUGUGCAGUGGGGCUUUUAAAACAUCACCAAUAUCAGCCCUACAGGUAGAAUUGGGAGUAAUGCCUUUGGAACUAAGAAGGAUGCAAUUGAUGGCAAAUUACUGGGCUAAUUUGCAGGGUCGCAAUGAUUCUCACCCUGCAAAAUAAGUGGUGCAGGAGUGCUGGAAGAAUGGGAUGUUUCAGAGGGGUAACCUUAGUCAGGUAGGGAAUGAUAUUGCUAAAGAAUGUGGAGUGUAUGAUCUAAGGAUAAGUCCUUUAGUAGUUUACCUGGUUGUAGCUCCAUGGAAGAUUGUAUGGCUUGACAUAGACAGGCAUUUGUUAGAGGUGAAAAGGAAAGAAAAAUAUAAAGCUGAUUUGGUAAGUGCAUUUAACUAUCGGAUGGAAAAGUAUAGUGAUUAUACUCAGAUUUAUACGGAUGGUGCUAAAGAACCUGAAACAGGAGUGACAGGGUUUGGGGUGGCUAUACCAGCAAAAGAAAUUGGAAUCAGCAGAAGAACAUCUGAUAAGUUGGGUGUGUAUACAGUGGAGAUGUUGGCAGUGUUGGGUGCGUUGCGCUGGGUGGAGAAAGCUAGACAAGCCUAAGUGUUGAUAUGCUCAGAUUCAUCCUCAGUUCUAGCAAGUUUAAGGGCUUUUCACUCAAACAGCCGGCAAGAUGUACUUAAUGAAGUCCUUCAGUCAGUCACAAGAAUUGCAAAUCGGGGAAGUCAGGUAAAAUUUUUAUGGGUUCCAGCUCAUGUAGGGGUGAAGGGGAGUGAGAGGGUGGAUGAAUAUAGAAAUGCACAUUAGUAAUAGUAAUGUGUGUAAUCUGGGGAAACGUCAUCUAAAUGUGGCAGGAAAGAUGGGACAGAGAGGGGAAAGGGAGGCACUUAUAUCAAACUCAGAAGAGUGUUACAGGUACUAGGGUAGGCAGUGGAUACAGAAGAGAGGGAAGUGUGUGGACUAGGUUAAGGCUGAGGUACUGUGUAUUAAACAAAAUAUGGAAAAUGAUAGGGAAACACCAGACAGAAUUGUUUAAGAAAUGUUAGGAAGGGGAAUCAGUGGAACAUGUAAUUCUGAGUUGCAGGAAGUAUGGGAUACAGAGAGAGAUGAUGAGAAUUAAUUUAAGGGAAUUGGGGGUGCAGGAAUUCAUAUUAAAAGGGUUACUGGGUAUGGGUGAGAGAGCACAGGUCAGGGUACUUUUUGCUUUCUUAAGGGAUACAGGGUUUUUUAAUAGGGUAUGAUAGAUAAGCAGGAAUAGGGUAUUAGGAUGGCCAAAUAAGAAAGGAUAGGGUGGGUACGUGCGUGCGUGUGUGUGUGUGUGAAUGGGUGAAGGGAUUUGGAAUAUAAAUCCAUCGUCUGAUCCACACUCCGGAGCAGAAGGUGGCGGUAAUGCUGGGUGCCAACCGCAGAAAAACAAGAAGAAGCAGAGUACGUGAGCUCUUUUCCGAGAACAAGCGGAAGUACCGACAGUGAAGUUUCCGGCCACAGGCUUGGCGCUCGAGGCUGGGAGGAGAGAUCGUUUACGGUUUACUCAGAUAUGAUCUCGUGUGAGUAAAGUACUCGUCUCAUAAUGACCUGUAUGUGAAUGGCGAUUGAGGAAAUUAUUUCUCUCCUUGGAUUUGUGUGGUUUUGCCAUGGGGAACAGUGCUCUGAAAGCUCACCUGGAGACCGCACAGAAGACGGGUGUGUUCCAGCUUACAGGGAAAGGCCUGAAUGAGUUCCCUGUGGACCUACAGAGACUCGCAGGAAGUUUGAGAACGAUGGAUCUUUCGGGAAACAAGAUUGAGAACUUGCCUUCUGUUAUUGGACAGUUCGCAGCACUGAAGAGUCUGACUCUCAAUAACAACAAACUGGCUGUUCUUCCUGAGGAUUUGGGCAAGCUGAGGAAACUGGAGAGUCUUCACCUCUGUGCUAACUCAUUGAAGCAUCUCCCUUCCAGUUUUGGGCAGCUGGCAGCCCUGAAGACCCUGAGUCUCUCUGGGAACCGGCUGCGGGAGUUUCCCCUCCAACUAUGUCAACUACGACACCUAGAUGUGGUGGACUUGUCCAAGAACCAAAUCCAGCGUCUUCCGGAUGACCUGGAGCAGCUGCAAGCUAUUGAACUUAAUGUCAACCAGAACCAGAUCUCUCAGAUAUCACCACGCAUCUCCCGUUGUCCACGGCUGAAGGUGCUGCGGAUGGAAGAAAACUGUUUAGAAAUCUCCAUGAUUCCCAUCAGCAUUCUGGCUGAUUCCCAGAUCUGUCUGUUGGCUCUGGAAGGCAAUCUCUUUGAAAUAAGGAAGCUGCGAGACCUGGAGGGAUAUGAUCAGUACAUGGAGCGCUUUACAGCAACAAAGAAGAAAUUUAUCUAACGGACAUCUAGGUGCACGAGCCUUUGAACUAUGGGACAACGGGCUGGUCCAUUGAUGGCUGGUUAAACAAUCAUAGUAGCUUGUUAGCCCAAAGGAGUGGAAGUACCUCUACCAUGUUGUAAGAGAAAUGAACAUGAAUUCCUUACCUGUUUUGCAGUUAAGCUGAUGGUCUUAUAAAACACUACACACUCUAGUUUAAGCUGCUGCUAAAUAAGGGCAUUGGGCUUUACUCACUCCCAAGACACUGUUGCUUCUUUGAUCUCAGUACUGUGCACACUACUUUGAGGGGUGCAACCUGACCAGGAGUAUGAAUGGUCAGCUAUCUCCCACACUCUUCACUGUUGGCAGUGUCUGCAACCUGAGGCAUUACCCAUUCUGUCAAGGCUCAGUUUCAAGAUGUAAUUGCAACCAUUAUCCCUUGUGUAAACUCUUGUUGAUGAGACAGGGUUACCAUUUGUCAUUUAUGUGCAAAUGUUUUGAUCCUAUGCCUAUUUUGUUUCCCAAUUUGAUGUGAAAAAGCAGAAUAGAGGGAACAAAGUAAAGUUUGCUUGGGCUGACCCAUUCUCCUGCCUUCUAUAUAAUUAUGCUCUGAACUGAAUUUCAAUUAUAACAACUUCAGGGGAGAAUAUGCAUCUUUAUUUUAGAAAAAGUAUUGAGACAUGUAAAGGUGAAAGGAUAAAGUUUGUGAUCACAUUUCACAUUAUUAAACAUUUCUCAGUGCA